CCUCCCUACACAGACAUCAAGUUGCUUAUUUCUUACCUUUUCACGUUCACCGCAAAUAAAUUCCACACCACUCGUCUGCUUCCUUUACCGCCAGCCGCGCCAUGACUCUUGUUAUCUUGCCUUCUCCCUGUUCUGGUAUUUUUUUUUUCCCAACACUUGCCCGAACAUUCGCGAGGUUAAUUUAUUUUCAGAUUUUCUGUGGUGAAGCAGGCUGGCACGUAUCGUCUUUUUUUUUUUUUUUUUGACAUAAUCUUUCACUUUCCCUAAUAAAAAAGCGUCCGGUAUACGGCCCGGUACCGUGUGCAUCGCUGUGGGCCCUUCAUACCAAGAGAAAUAGCCUGGGCCCCCCAUUCCACCAAACAAAGGCUAUCUUCGGCCGACUGUUGGCUUCCGUCGCCAGCGGCGGCAUCUGCAAUCGCGAGGCACGUCGCUCGACAUGCAAACGCGUUGAUCUCUUUUCCUCCGAUCCCUUGCCGAAACUCCUCCUUUGCUUUUGCAGUCUUGACUCAGCUCGCUCCCAAACUUCUUUUUUUACAUCGGCAAAAAGGGCGAAGCCUGCGAGCAAGGGUGACAGCUCUCACCACCAACGUGAAGCCUUGAGGUUCCGCUCAGAACACUGCCGCCUCGCAGCACCCCAUCCUCUCAUCCCCCCACCCUCUUAGCAGGCAGAGCACAUCCGGAGAACGAACGAACCAACAACAACAACUUGAACAACCUGCGCGCAGCCGGCGCGCGCUGUACGUCCACGUGCGCCGCGUAAACAAGCGCCGACUCUUCAGGAGGCGCCCACUCCCCCGAAAAAAAGAAAAAAGAAAAACUCUCGCUGACGAUACUCGCCGCCUCUCGCGCGCACCGCGUCGCUCGCCGAAGUGCGCCCGCGAGAAGUCCCGCACGGCGAGCGGCCGCAAGUGGCGUCGCGUCGUGCUGCGCGAAGUCCUACCGGCUGUGGCCCCCCAUCGAGCGGUCGGCUGCACGGGCCGUCGCAUUCAGAUUCCCGACUCGCGCUCUCCUCGCGCGCCGUUCCCAGCCGCAGACAUUACCGUUGGCGAGUUCGCACCAACUCGGCUAAACCGAGAGAGUGAGUGCGCUCGUUGUCCUCGGCUGUGUCGGAACACGAGGGUGCCCUCUGCGGAGUGCUUUGUUGGAAUCGGCGUGCGAGCUCGUUGUGCGCGUGCGAGUGUAUGCGCCGGCCCGCUGCUGCAUCUUGAUGACUUAAUGGACUUCGUCUCGGUGGCUCGUUUGACACCUGUCGCGCUGUCAUCGUAGCUGCUGUACGUACGAGAAGCCUUGGCAGCUCGUGCUGAUCAUGACGCUCUGAACAUGACGGAUCCAUGGUCCGCCUUCACCAUUUGGUUUCUGACUGGCCCGUCCCGUCUUGAGCUGGAAUACAAUCCACCAGCGAAUUCAUCUGUAGUUCAUACUGUCAUCUUUCCCGUAGGAUUACUGGCGCAAUGAGGACGUCGUGGUCGCCAUCGCUACUCCUAGCCUGGUUAACGAUCGGCCAGCAGCAAUUCUCGAUGUGCAGAGCCAGGGUAUCCUCGUCAUCCUCCUCGUCUCAUCAGUCGUGGUCCGACUGGAACAGCUGGUCGCCCUGCAGCAGAACUUGCGGCGGUGGCAUAACGACCAGGGCGCGGCCUUGCCUCGCAAGGAGCUCACUCACAGCCACGAAUUCUCCGUACUCAAACUGUUCCAGGACGUUAUGGGAACACAAGCUCUGCAACACGGAGAGAUGUCCUCCGGGCAGCGAAGACUUCACAGACGUUCAGUGCUCGGCCUUCAACAACCGAUUCAUGGGGAACGGACGGCGAGUUGCCAAGUGGUUUGCUGUGGAACGACACACGCAGAAGCGAAAUCCCUGUGAACUAAGGUGUAGAUCGCAAGACUCCACAAUGAUCUUCAGUUUCGGGAAGAUGGCGGAUGGUACGUCAUGCGGCCAGUCCAAGAUAUGCGUCAAUGGCCGGUGUAAGGACGUUGGAUGUGACGGCAUCAUUGAAUCGGGUGUUCGAAUGGACGAGUGUGGUGUUUGCGGAGGCAGGAAUCUUUCAUGCAUUCAAGUGCAGCAGAUGUCUUCUACACAAGGAGAACUGUACAAGUACAUGGCCGUGACUAUCAUUCCACGUGGUGCCACUAACAUCCGCGUUGAAGACGACAGCCACAAUGUACUGACCCUGUGGGACCAUUGGCCUAGCCGUUCGAUCGUCCCAAACAAAGGCAUCAGCAAUAAGACAAUUCGCUGGGAAACGCGAAAGCUGGGUGGAGGUACUUCGACCAUUCUUGCCGGAGGUACGAGCUUCACUCACGAGAUGGCCGAGAACGGGAGCGAAGCUCUCACAGCUGUCGGACCCACAAUGAAACCGGUCACGCUUGCGGUUUACAUGGUCAAGAAGGCUAAUUCCAGCGUUCGCUACCAAUACUGGGUUCCGAAGGAAGACAACAGAUGGCGGAGCAGUGUUGUCGACCCUCCGAGUUACCUGAUUCAGAAGGCCGCCGCCAAUGCGCCGCCACCCACUGCAGAACACCACUUCCGGAGGGCUCGGCUCCAUGCGGGACCACUCGAAGACAACGCCAUUCCGUUCCUCACAGAUCAAGUAACAAGCACAAGCACUAGCAGCACCGGUGGUGCGUCAGUGAUCCCGACAAACAGGCACAAAGGAGGCAAAACAAGGCACAAUCCAGGCAAGGAAAAGAAAAAGAACGGGAAGUGUCCGGUGUGCCAUCGACCAAGAAACCAAUUGCACCACUUUUGCAAGAGUGAUGUUGUGAUUCAAGCCACCGUGUUGUCGGCGGAUUUCGUGGAAGGCUAUGUGCGCUACGACGUAGCCGUGGCCGAGUCCUACCGCAACCUGGUAAACCUGCAGCAGCGCGAGUACCUGUGGGCGCGUGACCGCCGCUGCGCGUGCCCCAGGCUGCGCGUGGGACGAGAGUACGUGGUCAUGGCGCGCGAGCAGCGGAACUUAGCCAACAAGGAGUCCAAGCUGGUCGUCGACUCCAAGUCGUUCGUGCGCCGUUUCACCGAACGCCGGCAUCGUCAGCUCUCGAGACUGCGCAAGCUCCAGGGUCGGAAGUGCAACUUGACCACGUGAACUUUGACUCAUUUCUCCUGGACGCAACGCUAUGCACUGGACAUGAAUGUGCCGCGAAGCAGAACGCGACGAUGGUUAGUGAGAAACAGCCGCGAGCAAAGAGUGACUCCGGGUGAACAACAUGUGGGAUAAUUUGUCCAGGCUAGCUGCUUGUACAGACUGGAAGCACAGAGACUGUGUGCCUGCGGGCCAUUGACACGGUAAAUGGAAUGCUGUGAACCAUUGAUGAGAUAUACUGAAUUCCCGAAGCCGCCGUACAGAGUAGUAGUGUUGGCACCCAUUAAGGGUAUCGGCUGACUAACUUGAACGUUACUGACCAGCAUUCUGUGCGUGACAAGGCACCUAAAGAGGAACCAUUCCUGUUCGCUAACUCAGCAUCGACAUUCAAACAUCGACACGAGACGAGCGAUAUCGCAGUGUGCAUUCUUUCACCGGUUUACUCUCGCUCUGCCAUGUUUUCAGGUGUUCACCUACAACUAAAAGGGUUUUGUCAUAUUUCUUCUGGCAGACAAUCGUUAACGAAAGCGCCAGCGAUAAAAAUGAACUUCUUUGCAUAUUCGUGGCGAGUUUCGUUUUGAGCAGUAAGGCCUAUUCAUUGUUUAAAUUAUAUCGUUUAUUGUAAACAUUUUUGUAGACAGUGUUGUACCCUCGAGCCACCUGUUAUCGAGUCAUCUGCCUUCCUCGGGGAUGGUGUUCAGUACUGAUAGAAAUCCUAUAGCAGGGUUUCUUUGUCUUCAUAUCAAUGUUACUACACCAAAGACAUAUUUUUGUCGCGCUGAUGUUCACUAAAGUACACAAUGUUAACUCGUUUCGCACGCAAAGCAAGCAUUUACAUGACGAACGUGCUGUUGCUAUGAUUCCAUUUUUUGUGGUGAAUUACUGUGUUGUACCUCGCAUUGUUCUUGAUGUUCUCAAGAUUUAUCUGCGCAACUGUUUUGUCAUGAACCUUUGCAGUCUUUUUUUUUUAGUACCUGCAAAUCGAAUGUGAACACCAGUAGUAUACCUUAGCCACUUGUUCCUUUAUUUAUUGAUCUCCUUGCUUAACCUUACACAAGUCACCCACUUUGUGGAAUGUUUUGAUACCUUUCUAUUCUUCUAUGUCUCUAUUAUUGAAAAUUGUAUGCGUCACGGUGUUUGUUCUUCGCCGCUCCUUGUACAAAAACGUACACACGUUUGUGCGAAAACUACGCCUUCGUUUUCCAAGAAAAAAAGAAAGAAAAACCA